CAGUAGGUGAGUCAGUCAGGGGGAGUAUAGUCUAAGUGGUGAGGAGUCGAACCGCUGUCUGGUUGUGCAUCAAUCACCAUGGUUGAUACCCAUAGUGGGAAGAGUACUGCCCGCUCCGAGGCCGAGCAAGCCCGGAUUGCCACCCUUUUGAGAGAGAAAAAGGAGAAGAAGGAGCUCCUUAAGCAGGCGAAGUUAAAGGCCAUUGAGGAGGAGCAGGCGGCGAAGAAGAAGAGAUUGGAGGAGGAGAUGUUGCAAUUUCAGAAGGAGAAGAUGUUGCAAAUACAGUUAGAGGAGGAGGAAAGAAGAAGGGCUGCAGAAGAAGAAGCAGCAGCAGAGGAGGAGGAAGAAGAAGAAGAAGAGCCCUUUGAAAGAAGGCGUGGAGAAGCGAGAGGGGAAGCUAGUGGCACGAAGGAGGACGACAGGUGGAGGGAGAAGAAGAUUAGUGAAUGGGUGGCUAACUUAUCUUUGGGAGAAGAUGAAGAGGCACAAUUAUAUGUGCCGCAGGAGGAGAGGGAGGCGUUUGCCAGGGCAUUGGAGUUAAUAGAGGAUCCCAUGGAACCCCAGGCGACAGAGGAUGAGAAAAAAUUGGAGUGGAAGUUGAAGAUGAUGAGGGAAAAGAAGAGAAGGAGGGAGGAAGCCAACAUAAUAGCCGGGGAGGUUGAGCGAGUGCGAACCGACAGCCAGGAGCUGCAGGCCCGGACAGAGGUUUCUGCCAAAUUAGAUAAGAUGAUGGGAUUCCUGGAAAUCUUGAGUGGGGCCUGGCUGAAGGAGCACCAGGCCCGUAAGGGUCAAGAGGUGACCCUGCAAGCAAUGCGAUCUCGGUUUAGAGAGUUUGCGAGCGACGUGGUGAGCCACGUCGGGACCAAAAUUAGGAGAUUGAGGGAUGGCGUAGACAAGUUCUGCGCUGGCGCCAUUGAGACCGCUAAAGUUGUGGCCACAACAGAGGCCACGACGCAUCCCCGCAAAGAGCAAGAGCCUUCGACAGAGGUUGCAGGCUCAUGCCUAGUUAGCUGUCCAGAGACUGCUUGUGUUAGCGUCUCUCUAGGCACGUCCCUCACAUAUGUGGCAGAGGAAUUGAAGGAGAGGAUGCCUGUCUGGGCCAAGAUGAAGGAAGAUAGUAAAGGGCAGUUUGUCCUAGUGGAUGUAGAAGUUUUCAGAAGUAGAGUUGGGGCCCUUAUAAACUCAGUGGCCACCCGUAGUUAUAUUAGCCGUAGAGCGCUGAAAAAGUUGAGGCUAGGAUUGAAAGUCCAGAAGUUAGAAGACCCCAUAGUUAGUGUCCUCGCAGACAACCACACUAUGCGAGUUGAGGACUACGUAGAGGGAGUCCAAGCGUAUUUCCGCCUCGAGAAAGAUGGGAAGGUGGAGAAAGUUUUCCAUCCCCUGAUUCUCCUCGUUCAGGAUGACCUUCCUUUUGACAUAGUCAUAGGUAUGGACUGGGGAGAGGCAGCGGGGGCCACACUCCACUUAAGAGAGCAUGAGUGUAGGCUCCCUACUCCGUCAGGCGAAGUUAAGACAGCUCGUCUGCUCCAUGUGUUUGGAGUAGAUAACCCCUUGGCACAUUGCUGCCUCAGUGCUCCCGCGUUCACGCGAUUAGUGAGAAAGGAGCAAUUAGAGGAUCAGGUCUUCGUAGUGUAUGUAAGGCCUGUCACUGAGACGAAGCAAAAGGACGGUUUCACGGAUCCAGCCAUUGCCAAGCUGCUGGAAGAGUUUAAAGAUCUCUCAGAGCCGCCGACAGGAGUAGUGCCGCGGCCGAUCCAGCACAGGAUAGAGAUAAAGCCUGGCGGUAGAACUCCUAAAGGUGCAAUCUACAGGAUGUCCCCUAGAGAGGUAGAGGAGAUAAGCAAGCAAUUAGACGAGUUCCUUGAGAAGGGUUGGAUUAGGCCCAGUUCGUCUCCUUUUGGAGCACCAGUUUUAUUUGUCCCCAAGAAGGAAGGAGAGCUGCGCAUUUGUAUAAACUAUAGGGGUCUGAAUGCUAUCACAGUCAAGAAUGUUGAACCAUUGCCCAAGAUAGACGAUCUCUUAGAUCGGGCACAGGGUUGCGAGUAUUUCUCAAAGAUAGAUUUAAAGUCUGGAUAUCAUCAAAUAGAAGUCGAUCUUGAUGACCAGUACAAGACUGCGUUCCGGACUAGAUAUGGGCAUUAUGAGUUCAUAGUGAUGCCCUUUGGACUGACCAAUGCGCCAACUACGUUUCAGCGAUGUAUGAAUGACCUGUUUAGGCCUUGGUUAGAUAGAUUUGUCGUAGUGUAUCUAGACGACAUCUUAGUUUUCAGUAGGACCCUCCAGGAACAUCAGGGUCAUUUGAGGCAGGUCUUGGAGAAGCUCAGAGAGGCUAACUUCAAGAUCAACGCACAGAAGUGUGAAUGGGCCAAGACACGAGUUUUGUACUUGGGCCACGUGUUAGACGGAGAUGGCAUUAAGCCUGAGGAUAGUAAGAUAGUGGCAAUUAGAGACUGGUUGACGCCCCACAAAUGACUGAGUUGCGGUCGUUCCUAGGCUUAGCUAACUACCAUAGGAAAUUCGUGAGGAACUUCUCCACUAUCGCCGCUCCCCUUCGC